GACCGGAUCUCCAUGAGCCCCCAGAUUGAAGCCUACUCUGCUGUCUCAGCCUUCAGGGUUUCUGUCAACACCCAGGAAGCAAGGAGCAAGAGACAGCAGAAGGCCCCUCCCACUAAGGCUCGCGAUGGGAUCGCAGACACGCAGCCUCUGGGGGUCGGGAAGGAUCGGACACUCCAGACUCAGCGUCUCCUUUCCCAUCCUCCCCAGUCCCUGCACCUGGUGGCCCCAGUAUGGAAUGGGGGUACCAGGGGCAUCGGUGGCCUGAGCAGGGUGGUGGCCCCCGAGGGCAAUCAGAAGAAGGGGAGGUCGCUGCUCCAGUUCCUGGCUGACCGCUUCUAUGACGUGGAGGCUCUCAGGGACCACCUGCUCCGAAAGCGGAUGUCAAAGGUGCACCAGAAAAAUCGACCCUUCAACCACAUCAACCAGCGAUAUGGUCCCUACGUCGCAGGUGCCUAUUUCAUCCUGAAGCAGGGAGGCGCGGUCAGGUUUCAGGGCAGGGAGUGGAUCCGGCCAAAUCAGCGCGGCCACUUCUCUCUGGACUUCUUGAAGUUGCAGGCGGUGCCCAUAGAGGCCGUCGAUGCCAGCGGCUGUGCCAUCAACUACCAAGGCCUGGACAGCCUCUUGGCCCUGAAGGAGCUCCAGUCCCUGUGGCUGCAGCGCUGCCCCCACGUGGAUGACUGGUGUCUCAGCCGCCUCCACCCGCUGGCCAGCUCACUGCAGGAGCUCUCGCUGGCCGGCUGUCCCCGAGUCUCUGAACGGGGCCUCGCCUGCCUCCACCACCUCUGGAACCUCCGCAGACUGGACAUCUCGGACCUCCCUGCCGUGUCCAGUCCGGGCCUCACUCGGAUCCUGGUGGAAGAGAUGCUUCCUAGUUGCGAGGUCCUGGGGGCCGACUGGGCCCAGGGCCUCAAGCUGGGGCCAGAGGAGCAGCCUCAGGACACAGCCGGCCCCAUCCCUGCCUAGCUCUCGGCCAGCCACCGUCAGGCUGGAUCUCAGCGGGACCCGGCGGAGUGUCCCACGGUUCCCCAUACUUCUGGCUUCCGUCGGGUUCACUCGGUGUGGGGGUUGGGCUCUGGCUGGCUGCAUCCUGGGGGGAAAGGUCACAGCUCCUGUCUCCUGUCAGGAGGCUCUGUCCGCAGGCUUCUCUCCUGGGUUCCAACCAACAGUCGCCUCCUCCUGCCUCUUCAGGCCUGGGGGAGGGUUACCAGCCCCAGGAGCUGUGCUUCCCCCCGCGGUUUCCCCACACCUGCCCACUAGCACGUAAGAGACUCUGCCCUUGUGUCCAGAGACUCUCCAAGUAUCUUUAUUUGAGUGUGCUGCUGCUUCCUGCCUGGACCUGGCUGACAUGGGGGCGCUGCUGGCAUGCCAGGGGACGGGUCUUCGGGGUGUGACACCGCUCAGCUGACCGCAGGCUACGGCAUCCCUGGCCUGCACUCACGAGAUGCCGGGAGCGCCCCAGGUCCCACAGUGUUGCCGCUUACCCACGUAUUGGCUCCAAAUUCAGCGUUCUCGUUUUCUCCGUGAAAACUGACCUGGGCCUUUGCUAAGUGGCACGAAGAGGUUUGUCAGUAGAGGGCGCCCGAGAGGUUCCAGGAGGAGAGGCUUUUGCUUCCUGGUUCCCGACGACGAUGUGCUCAGAUGUGCUCACUCUUCGGUCUGGGCUCCCUGAGUGCUCGGUGGUCAGCAGCUU